GAGAAAGAAGGCGGCGGCAGUGCUGGUAACUGAGUGGAGCCCAGUGACAGGAUGUUGGUAUUGGUAUUAGGAGACCUGCACAUCCCACACCGGUGCAACAGUUUGCCGGCUAAAUUCAAAAAACUGCUGGUGCCAGGAAAGAUUCAGCACAUUCUCUGUACUGGAAACCUUUGCACCAAAGAGAGUUAUGACUAUCUCAAGACGCUGGCCGGUGAUGUUCAUAUUGUGAGAGGAGACUUCGAUGAGAAACAUUAUUCCUUCAUUUGUGUUGAUGGACAUCCAGGCUUCUACAGUUGUCACUUAUGUGUAUCAGCUAAUUGGAGAUGAUGUGAAAGUAGAA